UCUAAAUUGAUCAACAAAUGCACAUUUUAACACUCCAAUAAAAAAAAUCAAGCACCAAACUCUACUGUCUGUAUUAUCCUAGAAACAGAGGCUAAUUUAUGACCCAAGUUAACCAAAUAGCUUAACUUCAAUAUUUUCACUAUACAUGUUGAAUACUCCUAAACAAUGUGCAUCAUUCCUAACUCGAUGCAUUGCAACCAAAGACCUGCAAUUUGGCAGAGUUCUUCACUCUUACUUCAUAAAAACAUCCUUCAUUCUAAACUCUUUUAUCUCGAACCGCCUUGUCGAGUUAUAUUCCAAAUGCAACUCCAUUGAAAGUGCCCAGAAAGCUUUUGAUGAUCUCCCUGAGAAGAAUAAUUUCUCUUGGAACACAAUUAUUUCUGGGUACUCUAAAAAUGGUCUUUUUGAUCAUGCACACCAACUGCUUGAUAAAAUGCCUGAACCAGAUAUUGUCAGUUACAACUCUGUGGUUUCUGGGUUAGCCCAUUAUGGGUUUUAUAGUGAGUCCUUGUGUUUUUUCAAGAAGAUGCAAACUGUGUGUAGUGGGUUUGGGUUGUUCUUGGAUGAGUAUACAAUUGUCAGUGCUGUUAGUAGUUGUGCUGUUUUGGGUUCCAAAAAUUUGCUGCAACAACUUCAUAGUGUGGCAGUUGUGCUUGGAUUAGAGUAUGAUGUUGUCAUAUGUAAUUCUUUGAUUGAUGGUUAUGGUAAAUGUGGUCAUCCUGAUUUAUCUUACUCGAUAUUUGCUCGAAUGCCUGAACGAGAUAUUGUAUCAUGGACUUCGAUGGUUUCUGCCUAUGUCAGAGUGUCUAGGAUGGAAGAUGCUUACUUGGUUUUUAAGCAAAUGCCUGUGAAGAAUUCAGUAUCCUGGACUGCAUUGAUCACUGGUUUUUCUCAAAAUGGGGAAGGAAUUGAAGCUCUCAAUCUCUUUGAUCAGAUGCAGAAAGAUGAGGUUCCACCUAGCGCCUUUACAUAUGUUGCUGUGUUAGGUGCUUGUGCUGAUUUAGCACUUGUAGAAAAAGGGAAACAACUUCAUUGUCGAAUCAUUAAAUCAAACACCAGAGUUCCUUUGAUGAAUUCGUUUAUUUAUAAUGCUUUGAUUAACAUGUAUUGCAAGUGUGGAAACAUUAGAUCAGCAAGGCUAGUGUUUGAGAGGAUGCCGAAAAAGAAUGAUGUUUCUUGGAACUCCAUUAUAAAUGGGUUGGCUUAUAAUGGACAUAAUGAAGAAUCGCUUGCAGUGUUUGAAAGGAUGAUUAUAGCAAAAGUAAAGCCUAAUGAAGUCACAUUUCUCGGAGUGUUAUCAGCUUGUUGCCACACAGGUCUAGUUGAUGAAGGCAUGAGAAUUCUCAACUUAAUGACAAAGCAUGGUUUGAAGCCAAGACCAGAACACUAUGCUAUCAUGAUUGAUUUGCUUGGAAGAAAGAACAGACUUAAUGAUGCAGUAGAGCUUAUUGAGAGAGCUCCUGCUGUUUCUGAUCAUGUUGGAAUGUGGGGUGCACUCUUAGGUGCUUGCCGGGUCCAUGGAAACACUGAGCUUGCUCGUAAGGCUGCAGAAAUGCUAUUUAAAUUGGAGCCAAGUAAUGCUGCUAGAUAUGUGAUGCUGUCAAACGUUUAUGCAGCAGGUAAAAGAUGGGAUGAUUCUCGUCAUGUGAGAAGGCUAAUGGGUGAGAAAGGAUUGAGAAAAGACGCGGGUUUAAGUUGGAUUGAAGUAAAGAAUAUCAGGCAUGAAUUCGUUGCCAAAGACAUGUCACAUAGUUUUCGAGAACAUAUAUAUGAAGUUAUCCAUGAAUUGGUGGAUCAAAUGAGUGAAGUGGGAUAUUCUCCUUGUGUUGAGAUAGGUCUUGAAGAAGAUGAAUUGUGUGAUUAUGAUCCAGGUUUUUUUAUGACUUAAACAAGUACUGAUUAUUUUUGAGCUCAUGCAAUAGUGUGAUUUCAUCACUCUGCUUUUUCUUCAAUUUCAGCUGUAAAAUCAUCUACCUCCUCAACUUAUUUGUGAAACCUAUAAAUGAGGUUUCUGGAGUAAUCACUUGGGUCAAAAAAUUAUGCAACAAGUGUAAGUAGGCUAACUAUGCAUGUUGUAGUACAUUGAAUUCAAGU